AUGGUCUACACUCAGUAUAUAAGUAAGAUCGCAAAGUUUAUGGUUGAAUCCUUUCAAAAUGGAUUAUAAAAUGACUCCUGUUAGCGUGACUAUGGCCUACGUUGGCAAAGCUUGGCACAAAGACAACCUUUUAUUGAUUUGAUAUCGAAAAAAAGAAAAAAAAAAUGAAAAAAUUCGAGUUCCGCAGACACGAUGGCUCCAUCCUACCAUGAAGCACAAAGGGAUCCUAGACGAUUUGAACUCGCGCUGAGAAUUUUAAGAAAUGACUUUAACGUCGAGUUAACAGGGAGAAAACGGAAAAGGAAAGUUCUGCAGGAACACGAAAGUCCACAUAAAAGCAGACAUAUUGUGACUUCCUGUAACCUUUCCCAGUCAGCGUACGUGAUUCAGCUGCCAAGUGGACAUAUAUCACUUCUUGAAAUUAAUAAGAUCAUGAAACCUGGUUUUGUUUAGAAGGUCACUCAAGGUGAAUCAGAGUUGGCAACGAAAACAACAACCAGAGCCAAAAAAAAACAAAUUCAGGGAGAUUACCAGGAAACACAUGGGCUGACUUCAUUGCAGUCAACAGGAAAAUCGUCAUAAACCUAAGCGCCCUUAUUAUGCAAAAGAUUUUGUCUCUUCCAUGACUGUAGGAGGAUAACGUCUAGUGGUUUGGGUAUUAAAUGCAUUUAACUGACACUCCUUCAGUUCCAUCUGCCCUCGUUUUAAUUGAACAAUAACGUGGUAGCACAGACCUGUGGCGCCUUCUUUCAGAGGGUAUCCGUUUCAUGUUAUUUCAUUACACAAACUGCAGACGCAGGCGGAUAAACCAUCUAGCGAUGCCAUAAAAAGUGCCGUCGCUGUUCUCCGCUCUCCAACCAUCCUGUUUGUCGAGUGAUCAAAAUUCAGUCGGGCGCAUUUUGGCGGUAAGUUCUAUUGUAGUUUGCAGUUUGCAAUUCAUUCGCAAAUUUGAAUUCAUAAAUGAAAUUCAAACUUCAUUCGCAGGGGAAAAUGUUCGAAAUAAUUUAAGCCUCAGAAUGCUAUUUCUCCCCUUAAUUUUGGAACUUAAUCGAUUCGUUGCGAUAAAUCAUUCUAAAACUCAUUCAAAUUGCCACAUUUCAAUUGAUCAGUUUGCAACAAUGGAAAAUUCUCCUUUCGAAUGUGUUUGUAGUUGAGCGACUCAAGAAUGGUGACUUUUUUUAACCUUUCGUUUAGCCUUUCGUAGGAGCUCUUGUGUAAACUUGGUUUCCUCUCAAUUAACUCAGAAAUUUUUAAACCAAACCUCCUCAGAUAUAAAAGCAAUUUACUUCACAUUGUUGGUCAGUCCUUGUUCCAUCGAAACGAGUUUUAAGUUGAUGAAAAUUCUCUUUUCUCAUUGUUUGUCUGUCUCAGUAGUGUAUAAAACUUUACGGAGAAUUUAAUCUACGAUUACUCGGGUGAAAAUGUUGGAAUCAAAAAGUGCACAGUUGCUACUUUAAUUGCUUCCUAGGUCUGUGUGAGUCUUAUCAUCAAAUCCCGCAUUUUUCUCCUAACAGGAACUUCUGCAUCUUCUGUUCCAGUGAUGGCGUAUCUGUUUUCAUUACUGAUCGUAUUUGUUGUCCUAAGUUUGUCAUCUGCUAGCCCUACUAAUAUUGAGCGACGGAUGAAGAAACAAGUAUGUUAUCGAUCAAACUUUCCUGUUGCACGCUUAAUUAAAUUCUCAGCCGUCCGGCUCGUGUUGUCCCCCAAUCAUUCAAAAGAUUUCACAACUAUCACAGACUAAAGUGUAAUUUUGAUCCAACAAGGUCGUGGAUUUUAAUCUCGACAUCAUCGAGGGUGGAAUUGGCUACACUGAGAAAAUCGAGGUGGAUCUUGAAAAACAAACAGAAUUGUUUCAAGUUCCUACUCAUCCUGGUGUGGAUCGCAGCGAUGUGUUGCACGAUUUCAAAAACGUAAGUUAUCCUGCCUAUUUAUCAAUGUAAAACCCUUUACCUUAUCAUCAUUAAAGAAAAGUAAAGAUUUGAUAGAGUAUCCAUUGGCACAAUUACAGCGCAAACAAUAUAAAGGAACUCAUACUUAACAUAAUUUCAAUGGUGACGCAGUUAGACAUCAAUUUACUAAAGUCUCGCCUUUUUCCAGCCUCCCACGCACUCGGUUCUUUCAGAGAAGUAUUACACUUCGUAACAAUUAAUUUUGUCUUAUACUUCUAGUAAUCAUAAUAUUUUCUGGUUUCAUCCCUAGCACUUUGUUGUUUUCCAAACUCGUCUCUCAUUCCUCUAUUGAGUUUUCCAGCAAACCAGCAAUCAUUACUCUUAAUUCUUUCACAUUUUUUUUCACAGAUACCUCUUCUUGUUUAUCUCCGCAGAAUUUGACCAUGCUGCGCUUCCCGGAAAGCAAGAUCUGUUACCUUUUUCCUCUCGUAAAACGUCAAUCGAGGCCAGAGAAGCUGAUAAGAGAUCAUAAGAGAGCUCAGAAGGUGUGUAAAAAACAUGAUAUCCUCCAACUGAUGGAUAGGUAAAUACUUAUCAGCGAAACAAGAUCGCGCUGAUCACUUGGGAGCAAAAAUAGGCCUUGAAGAUCUGAGUUGUAAGCGCGAGACCUCUUCUCUUUCAAAUAUUUCUCCCUUGUUCUUAAACUCCUCAUUCAAAACUUGCUGACACGUAGAUAACAUUAUUUCCUCAGAAAUCAAAAUAUGAUACGAGUGUUAAAUAUUCCUCUUGAUACUUAAAAAGGGAAAUGUCUAAAUUUAAAGGAGUAUGGGCUGGAGAAUUUUGGGGGUAUCACGCGGUUUUCAAAGAGUAGGAAAUAUAAAAAAUUUAUAGGGGUAAGCUUAGGUUAAUUUUGCUCCUCGAAUGCCUUUUCACUUGUGACAUAAGAUUAGGGUGAGAUAAGAUAAGGGCCCACUGAUUAUUUAUCGCCGAAGGGGGAAGGGGGUUCGGAGGAUUUUGGUCGUGUCAAAAUUAAGUCUACCCGAUCCCCCCAUGAGGUUCUGUAGUAUUCUAACGAACAUCCUUCAUUGGCAGUCAAUAUUCUACCGUCCCCCCCCCCCUUUAAACUCUGUAUGAGACGACUGGCCCUCCUCUGUUUCCACUGAAAAUCAUUUGAUCCCCCCAUAGAUCCCCCCCCACACACACACACACACACACACUCAGUCUAUAAAUAAUGACUUGUUCCUUAGUCCGUGGGCUCAGAAAUAAGCGUCAAUUUUGGAAGGUGAAUAACAUGCAUCUUCUGAGGCAAGAUGAUUUAGCUCCGUCUUCACCAGAGAUGAAGACCAGCCGAGAAUCCAUGCAUUCUGCGCAUUGACUUGAAACAGAAAAUGAAAUAUACUGUUUUGUAGUGUAAUAUUUGUCAAUUUACGUCUGAGUGAUUCGUUGUCAAUUUAUUCAAUCAGAUGAAUAUUACAGAGACAAGACGCGUGUACAGCAGGUGGGUUUUGGAUGGAGAAGUUACUGAUCGAUCAUGGCUUGGUGAAGAGCUGAACGACUUUUGCGCUCUGUACACGAUAUACCACGUGACUGAGGAGCGGGAACAGGUGGCCGAAGAACAAACUGAAGGUAAGACAUCAAUGAGUCUUUAACACUUAAACUCUCAUGAGUGAUCAAGACGGAACUCUCCUUACAAAAUCAAAAAUAUUAUCAAGCAAACAAGUAAUGAGAAUAAAGAAAAAUAUCAAUCAGGUCUGUUAGGAAUUUUUACGCAAUAAUUUAAGGCAUUUGUCGAACCCCUUUUUAGGAAGCACAAAUAAAAACACAAAGUAAGUGUUUACUUUUCCAAAAAAAAUAAUUGAAAGCUUGGAAAGUUAUGAAACCGAGGAAGAACUUUGCUAAAAUUGCCUUUUUACUCCAUCUAGUUAAAAAAAUAAAUCAUGAAAAGCGCUGUUCCGAAUUACUUUCGAUAGUCAACUGUAAAUAUUACUGCAUAGACAAUGAUGGGUCAACCUGACAGAUCACAGCAUCUUCAUUCUUACCUACCCCUCCCCAAAACCCAAAUUAACCCUAUCAUGCUGUCAGUUGACUGUUACUGGGUUAGGGAAGGGGUAGAUGGGCAGUUGAUCAGAUCCUGAUCCUGGUCGUAUGCUUUUUUUCCUCAGGCGGAACAUCGCCAAAUAGGGUGAGACGUCAGUCUGAGAGUGGUCUGAAUGAUGCGAAACUGUGCCCAGGAGGAUUGGACUUGAAUAGCGCCCUGCAAGUAUGUUCCGAGCCCAAAAUAGAAUGCGACCAAACCCUCACGUGUUCCGAGAUUCGCAGAUGCGACGACUUUUGGAGACGCCGGCGUUCGUUGCCAUUUUGGUUCUCAUACAACGGCUGCUGGAAUGAUCACGACACUAGAAAUAUUGUCGAAUGUUGCAGAUACGUUUGUGAUGAUAUUGAUGAACCAACUACAGGAACGGUGGAAAACAUGGGCUCAGAAGUUUUGUAGAGGCAUCUUUAAAUAUUUGGCCAAUUUAGCUUUCUAGAGAUACAGAACCAAACAAGCGAUGCUAUUAUUUCAAAUAUCUGGCCUCAAUUGAUUAAAAAUAUCUAGUUUCUUC